AUGACUGGCCUAUUAACACCAAUUCCAAGGUUUGUUGAAUUUGAAACUGCGAACGAUCUCAAGACUGCUAUCGACAAACUCGAUGGACGUGACUUCAAGGGCUCGAGAGUGAGCUGCGUCGCAGAUAUCCAGUCCUUUGAUGAUCGUACUCUUCGCGAUCCCUACCGGUCUCGAUCUCCCCGUCGGAGCUACCCCCCUGUGGAUGAAUACGACAGGAGAUUCCCGGCCCCUCCUCGUGGCUACAGCCCCCGUGCUCAUUACCGUGAACGUUCUCCCAUUCCGAUGCGUCGGGAUUACUAUGAUCGGGAUGGCUACGGUCGUCGCACCCCCCCUCGCCCUCGGAUUGAAGACUAUCCUGCUCCACGUCGCCCUUACGACGAUCCUUAUGAUGUGCGGCCGCCACCUCCGCCUCGCUACGAGGAUCCGUACAUCCCGCCCAGGCCUUAUGGACGCCCUCGGAGCCCUCCACGGGGUGAAUACGUUCCGUACGACCGUCGUGGGUACUGGUAA